AUGCUACCCAUUGUAAAAAAAGAUCCAAAUAGUGUACGCAUUCAAUUGAAUAGAUUAAGCGACAGAGCUCUUCAUGUAGCAGCAAGUGCGGGGAGCACUGCUUUUGUUGAAGAGUUGAUUAAAUUUAUGAGGCCAGAAGAUGUGCUAAUACAUAACUCAGAUGAGAUGCUUCCAGUUCACUUGGCUGCUUUAUCUUUCCAUCACAGAAUAGUACAACUUCUAUGCUCUCACCAUCUGCUUGACAAAAUGGCUUACAAGGAUAUUGAAAAACUCUUUUUUAUGACCAUUAGUAACAACAUGUUUGAUGUGGCCAUUACAUUAUUUGAAAAACAUCCACUUGCUUUGACCCGUGCAAGAGAUAAAGAGGAGCUAACAUCAUCAUUGCAUAUGCUGGCGCGAAAGCCUUAUGAAGUUCUAGUUUUACUAACAGCCGUGGACAAUGAGGGUAACAACGUUCUACACCUAGCUGCGCUUUUGGCCCCUCAAUUCAAAUCAUUCUCAGGUUUAAGUGCAAAAUUUCAAAUGGACAAAGAGCUCUCUUGGUUCAAGGAUGCGGAGAGAAGAGUUCCUCCUGGAUUAAAGAGUAUGAAAAACAAGAAGGGGAAGACACCAGUUGAUGUAUUUUUUGAUGAACACAACCAGUUAUCCAAAGAUAUCAAAGAAUCUGCUAAAGGAAUAGCGAAUUCUGGAAUGGUUGUGGCAACGCUUGUUGCUACUGUAGCAUUUGCAGCUGCUCUCACUGUUCCAGGUGACAAGAACAAUGUCUGGUUCAUAGUAUUCAUCGUCACAAAUGCAAUCGCAUUGUUCACUUCUUCUGCGUCCAUACUCUCUUUCUUGACAAAUUUCAUUUCUUCAAGAUUCGCAGACACUGAAUUUGUUAUAUCAGUACAUCCCAGCUUGUAUUAUGGCCUUCAGUUACUAAUGAUCUCCGUUUCUACUUUGGUUUAUGCUUUCAUUGCAACAUCCUUUCUGAUAUUUGAUCACACAACAAAAUGGGUUUCUUAUGCAGUGACUCCAAUGGGGUUUUCCCCAUUGCUUGUGUUUAUUCUCUUCCAGUCUAAGUUCUGGGAUGACUCCUAUUGGUCUAAAUACUAUCGUCCUGAUCCCAAACUUGGGCGCGAAACUUAA